AUGAUGAUCAGUAGCAGUAGUCGAAAAGUUUAUAUUGAGCUGGAGAAGCGGCCGCAGCCGCAGCUGCCUCGGAGCUCUGAGGAGCUGGAGGAUCUGCACAAGCUGCUGCACUUCCCCGAGGAGGUGGCGCUCAGGUUGACGGAAGUAGAAUAUCAAUUAUUUUAUCAGGUACCACCUAACGAGUACCUAAAACAAGUAGCCCAGGAUCUAAACGCAUUGCAAAAAUCAGCCAGUAAGCCAUCGCCACCACCACCACCAACCCCGUCGCCGAGUUGCAGUAGCCCAAGCAAAGCAAAUAGUUCGACCCAAACUGAGGAAGAAUCCUCUUGGCCUGGUGCUACAGUUUUUUCUUCCGUUCAGACGCUCAUCAAUCGAUUCAAUGAGGUGAACUCAUGGGUAAUCAACGUUAUAAACAGCGGUACCACUGUAGAAGAACGUCAGGCAGUGUUAUCUUGCCUAUUACGAGUAGCUCUAACUUGUUGGAAUACUGGAAACUUUAAUUCGGCUAUGGAGAUUAUAGCUGGUCUCAAAUCAAACAAGCUGAAAACAUUUGGCCCGAACAUAAGUGAGUCAAUUCCUGUUCUGGAAUAUCUUGCCUCCGCCCUUUUGUCUUCCGAGUACGAGCAUGCGUUAGCUCGUGCUCUCGCAAUGCCAGAAUGUCCAGUGGUACCAUUUUUUGGUGCCUUUUUACGGGAAUUAAGAGAAGUCAACGCUAAUGAAUACAAGAGUGAUAUCGAGAAAAAGAAGAGCCACGAGGGGACGAAAGAUAAAACAAUAGAUGAAAUUGGGCCGAUUGAAAAUUUAAGUUGUUCUGGUGCAAGGGUUGGUUACACCGGUCCACGGAUAGACGUUGAGAGUAAUACAGAAGCUCCAUCGGGAUGGAGUUCAUUAAAACGGACAAACGAGACCUAUGAUACUAACGCCGUCCUUGAAAAGGUUGCACUAUUUCACAAGCAUCGACACGCUCGUGGAAGGGAUGCAACCACCGGAUCCCUUCACCGCACCCUCAGUCUACACACCACAGCGAUCGAGCAGACCUACAUGGCCGAGGAAUGCGAUGACAAUGAUUAUCACCUUGAUCUUAAUUCUUAUAAACCGGUCCAACCUAUCCCCAUAGAUCAUGGGGUUGCCCUUUUUCCAGUUGCCGCGCCACGCACAGGAAUGGAUCUUCAUAUCUUACAGGUAUUACACCAUGGUACAACGUUGGUACAUUGGGAUUGUGAAAGCGGCACUUCGAGAACGGCCUUGGUAUUCGCACGAGUCGAUAGAGCGUGCAGUACAUUUGUAUGGGAAAAGCCACCUUGGAGUUCAUUGAAAACGGGCCAAUUCGGAACAAAUACCGCCUACACCGAGUUCUCAAUCAUGAGCAAUCCCGAGGAAAAUAUACCGGCUGGUUUAAUAAGCAGAUACGCGGCACAACAAAAUGAAUGUGCAUCGGUCACAUUAGAGGAAGGAUACCUCGAUUUGGCCUCCGUUAAAGAAGUCAUGAUUGGUUGUUGCGACCGAGACAGGGAGGCUGAUCUUAGAAGCAUAUGCAAAAGGUAUGGCCUACCUGGCUCAGAUUCUUGUAUCGGCCUCAUGUAUGGUUCCAAUCUACCUGACAAUCGAUUGCUCUUUCUACUUUGUCCCCCAGCACUUGGCAAGAUAUGGUAUAUGGGAUUGUGUUGGAUAUUACGAGGCCUGAAGCGACAGCGACAAUUAACGGAUCGAAGAUCACGUUGGCUUAAAGAAAAAUAUCUGCAAUUGUAUUUCGAGGAAGGUUGCUUCGAGCCUAUGACAGCUGAUGCUAUAAGAGCUUUUGGUGGACGUGAUUGGUCAUUGACCGAAAGUGUUGGCACCCUGUCGCCAGCUAGCAGCGCUACUAUACGUAAAAGAUGCGCUAAGGGAAAAAAGACCAAAUCUAUCGGCAAUAUUCAUGCUCUGACAAAGGACAUCAGCUUUAAACAGUACGACUCGUCAUCUUCGGAUGGCAGCUUAUCUGCCGCACCUUUUCGUCAUAUGACUGGCAGUAGGGAAUCCUUAACGAGAUUAAUUCCAGCAUCUCCAAGAACCAACAGAGAUCGUGUUACAUCACGCAGUCCACCUGGUUCUGCCGAAAGAAUAGUAACUUCCAACUUGCCUUAUUCCAGUUUACAAAGCUUGCUUUGCGUUCCUAGAGACAAGGACAGAAAUGGUGGAGGAAUGCCAGGUGGAUCGGAAACUUCAUUGCAGGUGAAAACACGUGCCACUUCCAUUAUGUAUGAGACUCAGUUGAACUUUGUCGAGUUCGUGGCACUUUUCCGAUCGUUCAGUCUUAGAGCUAGAAAGGACCUACGUGAUCUCUUUGGUCAGCUUGCUAUCACGUGCCGAAGUCAAAGCGAUGGUUCACUUCGAGAUUUUAGUACACGUCCGGCAGUAUUAAGACAAGCCAGUGAUGCCACACCACAAAGAAUUGGACUUUUAACCAGAAAUAAUUCAAUCGAUUGUCACGAAUAUAAAACAAGUAGUAACUUUCAUAAGAAACAAAUUCUUGACGCCGUUGCAGCAGCAAGUAUAAUGAACAAUUGUUCUGGCGUCGACACGUCAAAGUCUCAAGUAAUCACUCUUGCCACAUUCACAAAGUUCCUCGAAUCUCGACAACAAGAAAAGCUUACCGACGACGAGAUCAAAGCCCUCGUCAAGAGGCAUGAACCAGAUCCAGUAUUACGCACACAAUGGUGCUUGUCCUUCGAAGGUUUUGCACGAUACAUGAUGGACAAGGACAAUUACGCUUUCCCAAACGAAUACGCGACACCCUUGGAAAACGAAAUGCAACAGCCCUUAUCGCAAUAUUACAUUGCAAGUUCCCACAAUACUUAUUUGACUGGCCAUCAGCUCAAGGGCGAAUCAUCCGUCCAACUUUAUUCACAGGUCCUUUUGACCGGAUGUCGAUGCGUUGAAUUAGACUGUUGGGAUGGGGACGAUGGAUCACCUCUCAUUUAUCACGGCCACACCUUUACCACAAAGAUCCCAUUUCGAUUGGUAGUAGAAGCUAUUGACAGGAGUGCAUUCGUCAGUUCACCCUAUCCGGUUAUACUGUCCAUAGAAAAUCACUGUUCCCAAAGUCAACAAGCACGAAUGGCGCAGAUCUUUCAGUCGGUCUUUGGAGAAAAACUUGUAACAAAGUUUUUAUUUGAAACGGAUUUCGGCGACGAUCCACAAUUACCAUCACCGUCUCAAUUGAGACAUAGGAUAUUAAUAAAAAAUAAAAAAUUAGUAGUUGAUCCGACUGGUCCAUUAUCUCACGCACCGACAUCGGCAUAUCGUAGUAAAAUGUUGAUAUCCGAUCGAGCAUCAUCCAUGAAACAAAUGCGAACGGACGUUAGCACCCCGUCCGUGAUCGAGUAUUACAGUGAAGAUGAAGAUGACGACGAGGAAGAUGACGAGGAUGAUAAUAUCGAUGACAAUUCGAUAUCGAGCUGCGAAAGAUAUUUGGGUAAUCAGCCGCAACUUCGUGUAAAAUCGGAUCAAACUACCGACGAUAAAGUUCAACCAAAGCAAAGUAGUCAAAUUGCUAAGGAAUUGUCAGAUUUGGUUGUUUAUUUGCAAGCUAUUAAAUUUCGUGGCUUAAAUACGACUCCGGGAACAGGUACAUCUGGAAAGGUUCGUCAUCAAGCUCAUACCGGACCUGUUCAAAGACACAGCAUCGCUGGAAUCGGUAGCAGUGGUGUAGCUUCUUCUUCGGGAUCACCACAAUCACUUUCAACGUCAGCUUCAAUUGCAAGUGGUGGCAGUAACAUCGAUAAUCUUUUCAGGACGACCCGUGGCGUACCAGCAUGCUUCCAAUGUUCGUCUUUAAACGAAAGCGCAGCGAAAAAAAUUUGUAGAAAGCAGCCAUUGGGUGUGGUAGCGCAUACAGAAACACAAUUGGUUCGAACUUAUCCAGCGGGAAUGCGUAUCGAUUCGACCAAUUUUAAUCCUGUGAUCUUUUGGGCAUUUGGUAUUCAAAUGGUAGCAUUGAAUUAUCAGACCGACGAUGCGGGAUUGAAUUUAAAUGCUGCCAUGUUCGAACAAAACGGACAAUGUGGAUACGUGAGGAAGCCUUCGGUAAUGUGGGAUAAAACUCAUAUGAUGUAUAGACGAUUCAAUCCAUGGGACAAAGAAUUUGAUGGUCUACACUCAGCUCAUUUGGCUUUAUCGAUAGUGUCCGGGCAAUAUGUUUCACCGUCAAACUUCUUGGCCAGUACGUACGUUGAAAUCGAAUUGGUUGGCAUACCGAUUGAUUGUGCAAAACAUAAAACCAAAGUAAUACAAAGCAAUGCCCUGAAUCCAAUAUGGAAUGAAAAGUUCUGCUUUCAAGUGAUGUUUAAAGAUCUAGCCUUUUUAAGAUUAGGUAUAGUAGAAGCAAAUUCUCAUCACUUGAUUGCUCAACGCGUGAUACCAUUAAAAUGCCUAAGACCAGGUUACAGGCACGUACGAUUGCGUUCGUGUAAAAACAAACCAUUAGCUUUAUCAACAUUAUUCAUAUAUUCUCGAUUGGAAGAGGAAAGUCUCGAUUAUAAUACUUGUUGUCGGGAUCACAAGGAAACGUCAUCGAAACGACCGUCGUCUGGAAAAGAACCGGAUAAAUUGACAACCGUAGAUCCAGGUUUAGGUGGGGUAACGUUAAAAAGAAGAAUGUUUUUCUUAAUGGUUUAUCACGUAACACCCGAAGAACCCUAUACCAUUUUAAAAGUAACCCAAGAAAGUACUACCCAAGAAGUGAUGUUACAAGCGUUACAAAAAGCAGGAAUAUCACCUGAACACGUUGACGAAUAUAUUCUCGUAGAGGAAGUCUCUCGUGGUUGGGAAAAACGAGACCGAGAAGAAUUACCAACUCAACGAAUUCUCGAUCCUACCGAACACCCACUUCAAGCUCAAGCAUUGUGGAAAGGACAAGGUAGAUUUCUGUUGAAACGUGUCGGAGAUGAUCCAAGUAGCAGGGCAUGGCUUUUAUCGAUACGAAGUACAGCCGGACAUUUUAAAUUGGAUACCAAUUCGCGUGAUCAUUCAACUCACAUAUGGGACGAGGAAGAUACUUUUUUAGUUUGCAUUAACGAAGUCUCACCGGAAAUUCCUUACGCUAUUUUACGAGUACCAGUUAGUAGUUCGGCUCAAGACGUUUUAGCCCAGGCAUUGGUAAAAGCAAGAAGAAUGGAAGAUCCUAUGAAAUUUGUAUUGGUCGAAGAAUUGGAAUGGGGUGGUGCUGGUGCCGUUGGUAGCGGUAGUCGUCAACAAAGAGUCCUCAGGGACGAUGAAAAUGUUUAUAGCACACAAGCAUUUUGGAAGACCUUAGGUAGAUUUAGUUUAAGGGAAAGAGAACAAAUAGCACCUAGGCGACAUUUGUUACCAACAACGUUGGACAGGUUAAGCAAAGGUUUUUCCGUUGGUAGAUCAGUAUCUUUACCUGGUUCGAGUAAAGAAAAAGUCCCAGUAAGCGAAGCCUUGUCCGAUCCAACAUCCAGAGGUUUGAGACAUCGUUUCUUGAUGUCAGGCCGUAGACGUGAAGUACAUUCCGACGGUGAGGAUACUAGGGAAUCUGCAAUAAUGACCGUGGGAAUUCAUUUAAAGAAAGUAUCAUUGAGAAAAAUAAGGGGUUGGAAAUCAUAGUGGCAGUCGCGAGCGACGUCGAUAACUUCCUUCUUCGCCGCUCGAACUAAUCAUUAAAAUUCACAAAAAUAACAUUCAUCAACAACAACAACAACAACAACCCCCUAUUAAUAAUUAAUUACAAAUACGAUAGCCUAAAACGCCUUUAAAGGUAUCAAUUAGGUUCGAAU